AGGACAGAGAGGCUGAGAGGGGCAGACGGGGAAGCAGAAGUUUUCUGGGGAAAGUUUGCGAGGAGGAUCGCGGCGGAGAGGAGCGGCAGGAGGAGUGGGGACAGGAGCGGGAGGGCCGAGCGCAGAGACACAGCGGCGGUUUUCGGGGGGGGGAAGAUGGGCUUUCCUGGGCACUGCUGCGUGGUGCUGUCUGUCCUGUGCGUGUGGGGGGGUCCCGGCGUUUUGGGUCAGGAGCUCCGGGAGACCGACGCUCUGUGCAACGAGGAUGGCUGCUUCGCCGUCUACUUCCAGCGCAAGACCUUCCUGGCGUCCUGGCGGAGCUGCAGGGAGAGGGGGGGUAACCUGGCCACGGUGAAGCGUCCGGAGGAGGCGGCGCUGAUCCGGGACCUCUUCUCGGGCCUGGAGCCGCGGGGGUCCCGGCAGCGCCUGCGGCUCUGGAUCGGGCUGCAACGACAGCCGCGGCAGUGCUCAGCCUCCCGCCCGCUGCGCGGCUUCACCUGGAUCACCGGCGACCAGGACACGCUCUACACCAACUGGCUGCGCGAGGACACGCCCAGCACCUGCUCCGCCCCCCGCUGCGUCGUCAUGACGCACGGCGGCUCCGCCCACGAGCAGCGCGACAACUUCAAGUGGUUGGAUGGGUCGUGCUCGCUGGCCGUGGACGGCUUCCUCUGCCGCUACACCUACAAGGGCAUGUGCCCCGCCCUUGCGGACGAGGGGGGCGGGGCCCCGCUCUACACCACGCCCUUCAACCUGCUCAGCACCCUGCUGACGCACGUGCCGUUCGGCUCGGUGGCCGCCGUGCCCUGCCCCGAUGCUGCCGGGGGCGACCAGUCCGUCCUGUGCAUGCACCAGGAGGACGGGGGUGUGGGCUGGUCCAAGAGCGCCCCCCUGUGCUCGGACGCAGCGCAGGACUGGUGCGAGCAGAACAACGGCGGCUGUGAGCACUACUGCCUGAGUGCGGAAGGCCGCUUCUACUGCGAGUGCUCGGAGGGCUACCUGCUGGCGGACGACGGGCAGAGCUGCGUUCCCGCCGACGCCUGCCAGGGGGCGCCCUGCGAGUUCGAAUGCCAGCCCGCGCCCGGCAGGUACCGCUGCGCCUGCCCCGAGGGCUACCUGCUGGCGCCGGACGGGCGCGACUGCCUGGACGUGGACGAGUGUCUGCAGACGCCCUGCCCGCAGGAGUGCGUGAACACACCUGGCAGCUUCCUGUGCCGCUGCGGGGCGGGGUUCCAGCCCGGCGAGGGCGGGGCCUGCGAGGACGUGGAUGAAUGCGCGGACGACCCCUGCGAGCACGCCUGUGAGAACACGCCCGGCUCCUACACCUGCCACUGCCACCUGGGCUUCAGCCCCGCCCCCGACGACCCCACCCACUGCCAGGACACCGACGAGUGCCAGAUUCCCGGCACCUGCGAGCAGAUGUGUGUCAACCACGUGGGCGGGUUCGAGUGCCACUGCGAGGAGGGCCACGAGCUGCAGCCCGACCACUACUCCUGCAGGCCUGUCCCGGACGGCCUCGCCCCCGCCCACGCUGACCCCUCCUACUCAGAGGUCACCAGCUUCCUGGGGCUGCCCUGGGAUCAGCAGGGCCCCGGGUUCCCCUGGCUGGACCAGCUUCCUGAUUGGGUGACAGGCGCCACGCCCCUGGACUGGCUGACGGACCCACCCAGCCUGAAGUGGCUGCCCACAGACCUGAGGUGGUUCACAGAUGCCCCCCAGGAGGAUUCGCCCCCCACCCCUCCCCCUGACAGGCUGACAGACCACGAUAGCUCUGACUGGGCUGUUCCUGAUUGGAUAUGGCCUGCCCAGCCUGCCAUUACCCCUGAGCCUGAUUGGCUGGAGGAUGAAAGCACUCCAACCCCUGAGCCUGAUUGGCUGGAGGAUGAAAGCACUCCAACCCCUGAGCCUGAUUGGCUGGAGGAUGAAAGCACUCCAACCCCUGCACCUGAUUGGCAAGAGGAUGAAAGCACUCCAACCCCUGCACCUGAUUGGCAAGAGGACGAAAGCACUCCAACCCCUGCACCUGAUUGGCUGGAAGACAAAACUACUCCGACUCCCACACCUGAUUGGCUGGAGGAUGACAGCACUCCAACGUCUGCACCUGACUGGCUGGAGGACGAAACCACUCCAAUUCCCACACCUGAAUGGUUUGAGGAUGAAAGCACUGCACCCCUGACGUCUGAUUGGUCUGAGAUUGAAAACAAGCCGAGCCCCUCUUCCUCCACACCAGAAGGGGGCGCCUGGCAGUGGCUGUGGCCCAGCCCCACUCCUGCUCCCCCAGAAGAGAGCGUGGGUCGAGGGGGCACCGUGCCUCACGGCCUGGCCCCAGACAGGGCGUCAGAGUAUGAAUUUGGAGUGAGGGACAGUGACCCCGCUUCACACAGCGACUCUCCACCGUCCCCAGACUCCAGGCUGCCGGCGGCCGACGCCUCGACCCCCGAGUGGUACAGCCCGCCCCCCCUGCCCCUGACGCCGGUGUCAGAGCAGGGGGGGCGGCAGAGGCAGGACCGCAGCUGGCUGGUGGUGGCGCUGCUGGUGCCUCUGUGUGUGUUCGUGGUGGUGAUGGUGGCGCUGGGCAUCGUUUACUGCACCCGCUGUGCUGUCCGGCCCCGCAGCAAGAGCAUCACCGAGUGCUACCGCUGGGUGACCGGUGGCAAGGCCAGCCCAACCCCCCCGGCCCCCGCUGCCAACGCCACCCCCAAAUCUCGCGUCUGAACUGGGAGCAAGACACGCACAGAAACUGCAGCACAGAGAGGGACUCACAGACCGGCGGGGGGGGGGCGUGAGACGGACAGCCAGGUCUCUGACUCUCUCCCCGAAACGUUCAGUGACUGAAUGCAGAAGAGACCCCCCCCUCCACAAACCGCUGAUUCUCUCUGUUACUGCCGUCAGCGGAGGAAGUGUGUGGUGACGCUGAGUUGGAUCGCCCUCUCUAACGUCCUGACAGCAUGCUCGGUGAAGUAUACUGGUUUUGUUGCGGAGGGAAAGGCUAUAAUGCUCAAAGCAAAGACAACACAGCACAUUUCACUGGUGCUAUCUUCCCUUCUGGAGGAGACGAGCUAUUUCAGAAAACUGCUUUUCUUGUAGUUGUAAGAAACCAGGGUGCUACACUCAGUGAUUUUGAGUUUUCUCACUUGUUGACCUUCAGCUUUUGUAUGCGCGCAGCCUGUACGGUUUUGCAGGGCGCUGCUAUCAGCUGCUCCUGUUGAACCUCAUCACUGACACAGCAUACAGGGCUGUGAAACUGGAGGCUCUGCCUGGUGCUCCAUAUCUCUGAGGCACCAAAAGAAGCCCACAAGCCCAGCAGGAGCAAAAUUCAGACAUGCGCAUGUUGUGUGGCUUUAUCUGCAUAUAGAAACGUACGUGUUAGCUGUGCCAAGCGCACAAUCGCGCACCCUCAGCGGCAUGGCUAACGCGAUAAAGAGCCUGUGUACAGCGCAGGGUUUCUCCCACAGAGACACACCAUUGUUCCACUGCACCCCCCCCCGGCUCUGCUUAAAGGUCUCAGAGGUCUCACACGCUCCUGGCUGUGUGCGCUGUCAUAAGGCUUUCUUAAAACUGCAGUGGAAAACAGCAGCAAACAGUGGAAGCCAUUCCUUCUUUCCCUCCCUGGGGUGGAGAAAUCUCCUCUCUCCUCCCUCUAUUGCAUUGUACUACACUGAUCUGCUGAGUGGAGGCUCUCCUACACAGUGAAUUGCAUAGCUUACUGUUUUUUCUCAUCAUGUAUUUUAUACAACUAGUCAUUUAAUGAGGUAAUUUGAGUUGUGUCUUGCUCAAGGGUACAACAGCAGGGCUGCACCAUGGAACUGAACAGCCUUUGGGCUAGCAGACUUGCUCCUUACUGCUACACCACACUGCUGCUCCUUACUGCUACACCACACUGCUGCUCCUUACC